GCGAAACGCCUUUCCGCUGCUGCCAACGUUACGACCGUUCCAUUGCUCGAAUGGGUUUUGAAUGGGCGAGGGACCACUUUUGCUAACGACAGAAUAUUGUCAUUUUCUCUCAACUAUAUUUUCAUAUCCGCACAAUACAGAGAAAGCCUAAAAGAUAAUUUUCGAGGAAUUACAUGUUGCUACUGGUGGAGACGUGUCACCUUGAAUUCUGCCUGCCCGGAAUGACUGAACAACGCUCGCAGCUAACGCAAAGCUGACCGACAGUCCUCGUAGACUCACCGCCACAGAGUCAGGGUGGAAGGUGGGUUAGUUUUAACGCUUUCAUAUGUUUAUGGAGUUUUUAAAUAACAGUUUUGUCUUUUUACGCUGAAGUAUAAAAUGGGAGUAGUACUGCGGAAUCUCCAAAAGGUGGUGCCUCUUCGCCGCGCCAGGCUGCGCAAGGAUGUUGACACACUGAGGCACAUACUGGGCAUCCAUAAGUUUGACUUGGGCAUCGUUUGCGUGGAUAACCACAGGAUCCAGCAAAUUAAUCACACGUACAGAAAGAAAAAUGUGCCCACGGACGUCCUGUCAUUUCCAUUCUACGAGGAUCUGAGACCUGGUAAGCUGCCUUGCCCCCUUCAUAGGGAUGAGCUGAACCUUGGGGACAUUUUCUUGGGGGUUGAGUUUGUGAUGCAGCAGUGCAGGGAGGAAUCCCUAGAUCUGCAUGCAACCCUCACUGUCGUCACUGCACAUGGAAUCUGUCACCUAUUGGGCUACAGACAUGAGACAGAAGAAGAAUGGACAGAGAUGCUGCAGAGGGAGAGCUACAUCCUGAGUGAGUACAACAGACUCACAGGAAGACAUCUGGAGCCACUGAUGAAGAGAUGCAGUCAGGAUAGGUGACAGUAACCAUCACCUAUUGCUAACGUUACAGUUGCACUCAGUGCACUAUGGUGCUUGAUAUUAUUCACUAUCCUGUAAACAGGUGGACUGUUGUUUUAUUCACUGGCAUGCUGUCUUUUCCACAAUCACAAUCUGCAGCAACUUUUUUUAAGGACUGGCAGAGGACAUACAGUGAUGUGAUUGUGGACAUCAUUUCCAAAUACUGGAUGUGUGUGUUAAAGUUUUAAACAUCAAAUUAAAAAGUCUCUCAAAAAAGCACUUUCACUGUAAUAUUUUAUUAAAAUCUGCUUUAGGAAGAGUCAGUUGUGUAUGAAGGGUAGAAAAAGCUGUUCAUCUUUACUUCACAAAUACAUUUUACUCUCUUUACGCUGCAUUCGGGACAGGAUGUUCAAGAAAUGUUAAUUCAAGGCUGACAUGAAAAAGAACCAAUGUGUGAGCAACUUCUGCCUGCUGUCACAACCAGGUCUACGUUCAUGGUGCAACAGAAUACUGUACUUCAAGGAGUCAGCUAAUAAUAAUGCACACCUUAAAAUCCAACUAUAAAUAUGGCUAUAUAUGGUGUAUCAAGAAUAUCAUACCUAUUAUUAUGACCCAUGUUUUAUAAUGCUUUAUUAUUCAGAUUUUCUUCUCUUGUUAGGGGAGUUGAGGAAAUCAUUUGAUGUGGUCUGAAAAUGUCCUGCAGACACAUUUGCAUGUUGUGCAUGACCAUUGGUGUACAGAAGUGUGAUUUCAUUUUUACAGUGGUGGUUAAAAAAAAAAAAAAAAAAAAAAA